CUCUCCGUGAGUAUUCCUUUUUUUUUUUUGUUGUUUUUUCUCUCGCUUCUCCUUAUCUUGCCUGGCAUCAAAUUUUUUUUGGAAAAUUGAUGGUAUUUUAUGAUUUUGUUCGCCAAGAUCUCGAUGGUAGCUUUUCGUUCUUCAAGAGGGUUGCGAUUACUGUUGCAGUACCGAAUUUGAACUCAAAAUCACUCGGUGAUAGAAAGAAGGAUUUUUCAUUUAUGUUGUCAUAGGGGUGAAGAAUAGCUUUAUCAAGCAAAGAAUUCCUUCUCGUCAUUUUUUUCUUGGGUCCUCUUUUAAAGAAUCAUUUCCAGAAUUGCUUGGACUUAUGUUUUCUUAGAUCAGUUAGAACUCCAAAAGCUUUUGGAAUUCUUUCUUCAAUUCUUGUAUUGAUUUUUGGCUUUUGAUAUGAAAUGUAGUAAUCUAGUGACCCAUGACAUCUUGUUUGCAAGCUUACAAACAAAAAAAAUAAAAACUUUUGGAAAUGAUGUUUCAAUGUGGUUACCAAUUUAUGAAUUACUAAUAACAUUUUCAGUGGAUACCUAGCUAUGGUAACUAGGUGCAUGAUAUUAAUUUUACAAUUACUCUAUCAGUUUAUUUUGUGUGUAGAUUAAAAUGGCUCGCUCGCCUAUGAUCAACCGAAGGCACAAACUAAAGAAAAUGUUGUUGCUUCAACAAACAACCAAUAAUAUGUUGGUUUUCUUAUUUUCCAUCUAUUAUGUAGUCCUAUCUUUGUAUCUUCGAAAUAAAGUUUAUGAGAUCAAAACUAAGGAAGAGAAAAUUAUUAGUCGAAUGAGGUGGAUGUUUAGUUUGACUAUGGACUGUGAUGCUGCUUGUAUUAGUGAGCUUCGAAUGAACAGAGAUACUUUUAGAAUAUUGUGUGAUAUGGUAAAAGAUGUUGGGGGGUUAAAACCUAGUAAGAAUGCAUCCAUAGAGGAGGUUGUGGCAAUGUUUAUUUACACCUUGGCUCACCAUAAAAAAAGUAGAACAAUUAGUCUACUUUUUUCACGGAGUAGAGAAACUGUGAGUAGACGAUUCCAUCAAGUUCUUUAUGCAAUUAUGAGAUUACAUGAUAUUUUGCUUAAGAAGCCGGAGCCUAUUACUCAAGAUUGUCAAGAUGAGAGAUGGAAGUGUUUUCAGGUACUUUAACAAUAUAAUUAAAAUAUAUAUCACAUUAAUAUAAAAAUUUUGUCUUGUAAUCAAACCAAAUUCUAAAUGUUGCUAAAAAUCUCUUUUUGGAAUUGGUAGGGAUGCCUAGGAGCUUUAGAUGGAACAUUGAUUAAAGUUACACCACCUAGUGAAGAGAAGUCUCGAUAUCGCACAAGAAAGGGAUGUAUUUCAACAAAUGUCUUAGGUGUUUGCUGCCCAAACAUGGAAUUCAUAUAUGUAUUGCCUGGAUGGGAGGGCUCAGCACACGAUGGUCGUGUGCUUCGAAAUGCAAUCUCAAGGCCUCAUGGUCUAAGAGUCCCGCGAGGUUAUUAUUAUUUGGUGGACUCUGGAUACUGCAAUGCAAAUGGUUUUCUUACACCAUAUAGAGGACAACGGUAUCACCUCAAGGAAUUUGAUGGCCAUCAACCUGAGACAGCGGAGGAAUACUUCAACAUGAAGCAUUCUAAAGCAAGAAAUGUAAUUGAAAGAUGCUUUGGACUGUUGAAAGGAAGAUGGAAGAUCCUUGCAUCGCCUUCCUUUUUCGCAAUUCAAACCCAAGUUCGCAUUAUAAUUGCGUGUUGCCUUCUACACAACUUAAUCCGCAAGUUUAUGAGUUUUGACCCUCAAGAAUUAAUUAUGGAAGAAGAAGAGGAGAGUGAGGAUGAGGAAAGUGAUGAAGAUGAUGAAGUAGAAUAUGUUACAAAUAUUACUCCAACUAAUGAGUGGUUGCAAUUUAGAAAUAAUAUGGCAACCAACAUGUGGAACAUGUGGACUACUGGAAUCAAUAGCAAUGAUGUGGAUUAGUAAUUUGUCAUAUUGCUUGUUUAUAUGCUGAUUAGAACAUGAGGGUGUUUUGAUAUUAUGAUUGUACUAGAUUUGUUAAUAUCUUCCAAUGUAUAACUUUCACAGUUUACUACAUUACUUUGAAUGCACUCUUUAUGUUCAUCUUGUGAUUGUUUUGAUUUUGUGACUGUAGUAGAAUUGUUAACAUCUUUUUAUAUGUAAUAUUGUCAAUGUAUAGUUUGUUUUAUUAUUUUUAAUGCACCCUCUAGGUUCAUCUUGUGAUUGUUUUCAUUAUGUGACUAUAUUGAAAUUGUUAACAUCUUUUAAUACAUAAUAUUCGUAUAACUCUCAUCAGUUUAUUGUAUUAGUUUAUAUUUUCUAGAAAGUGAACUUUAUUAUAUACUAUUUGCUUGGUGGCACUUACCCUUUUUUUAGGAAGGUCUACACCUAUGGCUGUUCGUGGG